AUGCGAAUCAACGACCUUGGCACCAAAAUCUCGAAAAUAGACAAAGUAAGUGAAAAUUUGUCUUUGUUAUGUAACCGUAUAGAAAACAUUCAGUCUAAAGUCGGUCAUCUGGAAAAAUUUACCGGAAAUUUGGGGAACUCGAUAGGGGAAAUCAAGAAAACUCAGAUUGGUCUUAAAGGUGAUGUUGAGGAAACGGUGAAGGAAAUUAGGGAACUGAAGUCAGUGAAUGAACAAUUACAAAGUAAAAUUACAGAUUUGCAGGCAAGGAGUAUGAGAGACAAUUUGCUUUUUUUCGGUCUGGCCGAGUACCGUGGAAACAACAGAGAGAAUUGCGCGAGUCUCAUUGAUCAAUUUUGUGAAGCAGAAUUACACCUUUAUGGAAUUAAGGCCAACAUCGAGCGUGCCCAUAGGAUCGGAAGAUAUCUCCACAACAAAACAAGACCGAUUGUUGCAAAAUUCUCGAACUUUAGAGUCAGGGAAAAUGUCAGGGCAUCUGCAUACAAGCUUAAAAAUACCGACUACAGUGUGCGUGAACAAUUCCUAAGGGAAAUUGUAGAGAAACGGAAAGCCUUGAUGCCCAUUUUGCAUUCAGCGUUGGGACAAAAUAAAAAAGCAGAGUUGAAGUACGAUAAACUCUACAUCAGCGGUAAACUGUACAAGGGAGGGACCAUAAGGGAAACUGAGGGUGACAGAGAUGAACACGAUGAAGACGAGCCCGUGGAGUGCCAAACACAGGAUACCUAG